AUGAGCCGUCUCCCUCCUGCUGAGAAACUGCCUUUGGCGGCCCGCAAAAACCUCCGCGACAAGUGGGAGGACAAGAAAGCCGACCUUGAGAAGCAGUUGUCUGAUGCUCUGGGCACACCCUGGACCAUUGACAUCAACAUCAACCAAAUCUACCCCUAUGCCAAGGACGGCACGUAUGCCAAAGAAUCACCAGGCGGCCUUUUACACGACUAUGUCAAUGGCGCACAUAGCUGCCUCGGCACUUUCUUCUACUACUUCGGCGAAGGAGGCAAGCAGGAGAUUAACACAUUAUGCUCCGCCCACGUGCUCACCAUGGAUGUCGACCUCAACAGCAAAGUCGAGGGAAAUGGAUGUGAAGUCUCCCCCUCCGGCCAGCUUGUCCUCCUUUUCAACCCAGACUAUCUAAAUAGUAAUAUCGAGAAUUGCCUCGAGAGGAAUAAGCUUGAAAAGGCGCUCAACGAGGCCCAAUCCUCGCUGCCGAUGAACUUCAAGGCACGAAGCUCCAUUGCGAAUGAAUACGAAAAGGGUAUUGGAAAGAUCCAGUCCAUUAUCAACGAGCAGCUUGGAAAGAAAAUCACUAUUGAUCCUGGGUUCGAGGACGCAUUUGUUAAGCUCAAAGCUGGCGCGUCGAGGAGGGACUUUGAUGAGAACCUUGGGCCUUGGAUAUUGUUAUACUUUCAAGGCUUUGCGGAGUGGUUGGAGAGGAAUAAUGUCAAGGGCGAUGAUAUGGUACAGGAGGGGUUGAAUGACGUUAUGGGCGAGGCGAAGGUGGCGUUUCGGGUUGUUGAGAAGAUGAAGGGGGAUUCCUAUAAUGAGGCUAUCCCGGAGGGUGGGGUGCUGUAUUUGCAGACGGAUGCGAAGAACUAUGGGUCGAAUGUCGAGAAUGCGGCUGAGCGGUUGAUGGAUCUUUUGUAG